AUGAGGAACCACAACGAGAGUACAAUAAAUAGAAUUUAUGAAUCAUCACUAAAAAAACUUGAAGAAAAUAUAGACAAAGGGAAAUUAGUUUUAAAAGCGGAAAAAGAAAGAAAAAUAGAUUUUAAAGGAGUUGAACUUAAUUUAAAAAAUCAUAUGAAUGAAAUGACAAAACUUGUAAAAGAAGCAAAAAAUAUAAAAACAUUAUCAAGUAAUAAUAUAAAAGAUUUUUAUAAUUCUCUAAUUAAAUGUGAUGAGUUAUGUGACAAAUUUACAACAGAUGAAAUAAAUAAAAAAAUAAAUAAUAUUUUUGAUACAAUGCUAGUCGAAAUAAACACUAAAUGUAAAACAGUAGUUUUAUAA